AUGUCCCCUUUAGCCCGACUAUCCUUCUCCACCUUCACACUUUCUAUCCUCCUUCCUGAAUGGUUCUACAACACAAAAAGGUCCCGCGGUACAGUUUCCCUCUCCCCUGAUCGGGCAUGUCCAAUCGCAUUGAGAGCAGUGGCACCCAAAAUUCGAUUGAUCCCCCUGCAGUCUUGCCUGCAUAUAAAUACUGGCCCAGGUCCCAGAUUUUGUCAGAGCCCAGCAACUCUUUCGAGGAAAAACAAAAUGGCAUUCAAGUUCGUAGCAUUCGCAGCCUGUUUGGCAGUAGCCCGCGCUAGUGGCCCGGCGGCAUAUGACAUCGCAGCGGCGUCCGGCGAUCUCGGGAGCAUCGGUUUCAGUCAGGAAUCGACUCAGAAGGGCUACGGGGGUCAAAACGUGAUCUCCUCCUACUCGAGAGCCGAAGACAGCGCUCACUCCUCCGUCCGUGUGAGCAGCCACAGUGUUAGCAACGACGCUUUGUUGAACUACAAUCUACACCACGCUCCGAUCGUGAAGACCGCCAUCGCUGGUCCUGCCUACAUCACACCGACCGCUACUCCUCUCAUCGCCAAGACAUACGGUGCCCAAUAUAGUUACGCUGCCGCUGCGCCUCUUAUCGCCAAGACUUAUACUGCCCCGUACAGUUACGCUGCUGCUGCGCCUCUCAUUAAGACUUAUACCAUUGCCGCUCCAGCACCCCUCCUUACCAAAACCUACGCUGCCCCGGCUACACCUCUCUUGACCAAGUCCUACAUUGAAUCAUCUCCCCUUCUGACCAAAUCCUACAUCACAUCUGGUGCUCCCCUCUUAGCCAAGAGCUACGAAUACGCCGCCCAUGCCCCAGUCAUCACCAAGAGCUACGAAUACGCCGCCCAUACACCAGUCAUCACCAAGAGCUACGAAUACGCCGCCCAUGCCCCAGUCAUCACCAAGAGCUACGAAUACGCCGCCCAUGCUCCAGUCAUCGCCAAAAGUGCUCUGCUCGCCCCUGCUCAAGGAUACGCCGCUCCAAUUUUCGCUAAGUCUGGGCCCAUCUACGACUACGCUCCCCAAAGUCACUUCAUCUCGAAAACCCUCGAGCCCGCGUCUCCCUUGGUGCACACCGUGUUCAACGGUCUUGGAACCAGUUACGCUUGGUAA